AUGGCCUCUUCAGAAGUCGAUCAGAAGUUUCUCGGCAAGCUUGCCAAGGCGGUAGAAAACGACAAUCCGCUACUUGCUAAGGUUUUGUUUAGGAUAUUGGGCCUGUCCAUCAACCUUUCUGGCCAGCUCGUCAGCGCACGGAAGCAAAGUCGGGUCGACACCGCCCGGACAGCAGACUUGCUGGAGCUACACUUCCACAUCAUCUGGCUGUCCCGUGAAGGUCUGGUGCUACUCGAGCAAUAUGUUUUGCCAAUGGUGGGCAAAUACGUCGAGCUCAAGGUCCUAGCAUAUAAGCUCCGCGCUUCUUUCUACCAUAUUUUUGUCUUGUUCCACAACACGCCUUCAGUCUCGUCCAUGAGCCUCGGCACUCCAGAAGGCCAGACAUCGGCGGCCCCUGGCCUGGCACCGAUCCGCCUGGAUAAGGGAAAAGGAGUGGCAAGAGACGACGAGUACGACAUGGGGCAGCUAUCUCUAAUCACUCCACGCACCUUCGAAGGAGGUCCAGUAGGCCCUCCCCCGGGAUUUGGCCCCGAGUCCCCGGCCGCCUUUCUCAUGAGACCGGGCGACUACCUUCCCCAAGCCUACCAAUACUUCCAGGAAGCUGUACAGUACGCCGAGACCCUACUGUGGGGAUCACACUCUCUCCGUCUCUCCGUCAAAACCGAGUAUGCGGCGUUUCUCUACGAGUGUGUGCAUGACACCGAAGGCAGUCGGAAGGUUGCCAAGGAAACCAUUACCCAGGCAUACGAAGCCACGGAGGGCAUCGAAGACGACAUGUUCGACGACACUAGCGAGCUCGUGAAUGUCCUGGGUAGGAUGGUGAAGCGGGGACUCGGCACAAACAAUAGUCGGUCCCCAAGGUCCAGUCCCGGCAAUGGCAACGGCAAUGGAAACGGCAACAGCAAGGCACAGUUGGAGACGACUAGCGCUGAAGCCGAAGGCCGUGUCCCGCCUGGAAUGAUUUGA